AUGAUUAUUGUUAGCGACAUUAAAUUAAAAAAAUACACUGUUCAGCUAAGACGGCCAUUUGUGACUAAUUUGCAUCGGCAGGAUAAUGCAGAAGGUAUCGUGAUUGCAGUGUCAGCGAAAACGGAAACCGGCAUUAUUUUUACAGGUUAUGGUGAAGCGGUGCCAUCACUGAAAGUAACUGGUGAUACUUUGACAAGUAUUGUGGCGGUCAUCAAUGACAUUGUAAAACCAGCCAUUGUUAAUCAAACCUUUCAAACACCGGCAGAAGUUGAUGAAUUUAUUCAUGGUCUAAUUGUGUUUAAUUCUGCAGCUCGUCUGGCAGUCAGUGAAGCCGUCUAUGACAUUUUUGCUAGUAUUGCAGACUUACCGAUUGCUGAGUAUUUAGGUGGCACGAGUCAACCGGUAGUGACCGAUUACACACUGAGUAUUAGCCAAAAAAAUCAGAUGUUACAAGACGCUAUGAAUGUCAGCCAGGGUCUCAGCUUUAAAAAUUAA